CAGCACAAAAGAAAUAACUAACAGGCACUGCGUACUACUAAGAAAAGCCAUUGCCUGCACCUUGAACUUGACGCUUUACGAGACCCCGGUUCAUUGUAUGCACUUUCGCAUUGAUGCAGUGCGUGCGUUCAUCUAUGGCAGUUUCCUGCUGGCCGUUUUGGUACAUGGGAGACUCUGCUCUAUUCUCGAUGAAGCACUAUCAGAAGACUUCAUGAGCGACACGAUGGUUCAAAGUAUGAGGACAGACGAUCGAGGUUUGGCGAAACCCCCGAAGAUCCGUCCAAUCUCGAGCUCAAGGAGCAUCAACGGCAAAAAGAGGUUAUCUGCUUCGUACUCCAAGGCUCCUUCUAGCCAGGACAGUUACAACGCCACUUAUUUUCUAUAUUCCAGAAUGACCCCUUGCAACGACCAUCAUGUGCGGUCGUUCUGUCCUCCCGCUUCUUAGGGUAUCGUAAUGUUGAGGCUUGUUUCUGCAGGACAAAGCUGGUGGCACCUCGACAUGAGAUUACCUCCGCCUCCAAGGAACCACACCCCGGCA